CGUCACCCAUUCAUAAACUCUUGAUACAUCAUUUGAACGCUGAACACAGUCGCGUGCGCACGUUCGAGGUCGAAAUCCGCGCUAUUUUUAACCGGCUACAAAAACAAAGAGUGUUUUUUUUUUUCUUUUGAAUAAAUUGUGAUAUUUUGGAGUUGUGAAAAUGAGCGGGAACUUCUUAACGAUACCUGGUGACGACCCCAUUCAGCGGCGAUCGAGAAGCUCAUCCCUCACAGAUUUGAUCUCAGCAUUCGAUACAAAGGCACAGGCUCACAGCGAUCUACAGAAGGUCACGGCUUUCAGUGGACACUUCGACAAAAACCACAAACCCACAUUCUCUAAGGAUGAAUACGGCAAACCUAUUCCUGGUUCCAUGACGGAGUUCCGAGGAGCCGAAGCCCAAGCGAGAGUAUGCACAGAGAUGAAGGAACUGUGUGAGAUCAUCAAUGAGUACGGCAAGACGCCCUGCAAAAGCCUCCUACCUCCAGAGCUGAAGGAUGCCACCAAAGUGAUAUCAUUUGGAGAAUUGUUUACGAUAUACACAGUAAUCUCAGACAAACUCGUCGGAAUACUUUUAAGAACGAGGAAACAUCAGCUGACUUACUUCGAGGGCGAAGUUCUAUUCCAGAAACGAGACGACGAUGUCCCAGUUUUUCUAAUGCAAACGAUGCAGGACAUCAGAGCAUAUUGCGAUAAUAAGGCUCUACAAGCAAGAAGAUCUGUGUCGCCUAUGCCUCAAUAAGUAGGUAUAAGAAAUUAAAAAAAUAAUUUUAAUAAAACCUUCUUGUGAUGACUGCAAAUGGCUGGCAAGCGAGACAAGAAAAAAAAGCGGUACAAAAGUAUAAAAAAGUCGAGACAUUAUAACCUUCUUUUUAAAAGUCCUUUUCUGAGAAAUAUAUUUUAAAUGUGUAUUUUGAAUAUAGAAUGUUCAAACUGACGUUGAUGUCAACUCGUAAAAUAAAUGUGCUUUUAAGCAGUUCAGUGAUUUUUUGAAAAUAUGUCAAUAUAUUUUUCAGUUUGUACAAUCCAUAAUACUACAGAAUAUUACAGAAAUAUGUAAAUACAGAGUAUUGCUCGCUCUCGUUACAAUAUUUGCUUGCCAAUAAGUGAUACAAAUAUUCGUUUUGGAAUAUGAUGAAAUAUUUUCUGUUACAGCAAUAUUAUUGCAUGAAAUGAUUUAUUUUUAUUUACGAGUGUUAUGAAUACGUUUUUUUUAAGUUUAUAUUGAUAUACCUAUGCAAAAAUCAUGUACGAUUAUCGAGUACUUUUUUAAAUACUAUUUUUGAUUAUAACCAUGAAAAAAUAAAAUAAUUAAUUUAUUAACAAUAAAAAACAAACUAAGUUUCCACAAAUAGAUGACUUGAGUGUAAAUUGAAAUUGUUUUUCAUUAAUUUACAUGUCGCGUUUGAAAUUAAAAUGAUCAAGAAAAAAUACGUUUUAUAAAUUCUGAAUUAGCUACUACUAUAUUAAAUAAAAACAAAACUUGUGUAGCCGGCUUUAUUUUCUUUUUUCAGCCGUAUACCAUUUUGCUAAAAUCCUUUGAUCAAUUAAAUUAUUCUGACAGACAAAGCAAAGAAAUGCUUUUAUUACAAAAUCAAAUUGAUAUGCCAUCUAAAAAAAUACUAGUUUUAAAGCUAAAAAAAAAUACUCGAAAAAUCACUCACUUCAUUUAAAUUGAAAUCUGUAACUGUAUCCUACAUGCAGAAUUUUUGGAUUUAUAUUGCAUCGCAAAGUUAUUAAAAAAAAAAUCUACCGAUUACUGUUAUUAGAUUACAUAUAAGACAACUAACCAAAAAAUACUAGUGUUGUUACUAAGUUAAAAUUAAUUUUUAAUAUUAAUAAUAGAUGUCAAGUUGUGAAGAAGAUUUUGAAUGUUUUUAUGUCCUAACCAAUGUAUGUGACACCCACUUAUUUCUGAGUAGAAACAAAAUAUGUAAACAAAGAAAUAUUCAGUUGAUUUCUUGCUUGAAAGCAUAGCAACUGCAAAAAACAGUGGGUUUUUUAGUGUUUGAAAAUAACAUCUUUGGAAGGUUAAAAUAAGGUUGACAAAAUUGUUUAGGUUAGGUUAUAGAAAGAUAUUUGUAAACAAGGGACCUUUUGUGUAGUUUUGCGAUUCGCUUUUGUUUUGCGAUGUAAAAAAAUCAUUGUGUUAUUUACGCACACUGACGCAGAUUCGACUGUUCCACGUAUUAUUAAGAUUACAGUAUCCAGUACUUUACUUUUCUCUGAAUACAUAUGUAUUUGAUACAAAUGUAAUAUAUCAAAAAGCAUGUUUUCAGGUCUUUAAAAACUGGACAUAAAUAAACAUAUUUUGUCAAUUCUGUAUAUGAAUUUGAAGAAAUAGAAAUACCAAAUCACUAAUUCUGUAGAAAGUUUUUACUACGUGGAUUACCAAUGGAAAAUAAAAGAUUUUCAUCUAAAUAGACGUAUCUAUCGAGAUGAUAAAAUAAACGUCAAUUCGAGUCUGUGUCAGAAUGCAUCGAGCCUUUGGCUUGUGUUGCAAAAAAAGCUUUUACUAUGUCAAAAAUAUUUAUAUUUUCUAAUAAUUAGGCCGAGACAAGAGUUGUCUCGACAUUGGUCCAUAGAAAAUAUAAGGAGUUUUACAGAACUUUCAUACUAUUAGGAUUUUAGAUUUUCGAGUUUUUGUCGAGUGACGAAGAAUCUGUAAGCAGUUUCACAGUGUCAAAUUGAACCUGUAGUUGUCAAUUGUUACCCGCCCGUACGAUCCAUUCUGAAAAACUGAGAGAAAAAUCUGCUAGUAUGAAAGCAUUGUUACGAAGGAAGAUGAUCACUUGGCGUGUACCCAAACCUCAAGGUUGAGUGUGAAAUUUAAUGUAUGAUUAUCCUUUAAAUAUAAUCUUAUAAUGGCACAUUAAUCAGAGCUGUAACUGAAACCUUUUCUAAAACAAUGUGCUUAUUCCUUUCAGUACCAAAACGUAUCCAUUUUUGUAUGGAAAAGAAAAUAAAAGAUCAUUUGGAUGAAAAUGAACGUAGUCUGUAAAUCUGUUGGGAUUAUAGCCUGAUUAUUUUGGUUUCUCUAUUAUAUCUAGAAGUUAGGAUUGUAAUUUCUUUGGAGCUUGAUUGACACUAUGUGACCUUUGUGCAAUUAAUUGAUAUAUUUUAUUAGUUUUUUUAUUUUUAUUAAUAUUGUUAUUAUGUACAAAUUAUCAUGUAGAAUCAUAUGUUUAUACUAUUUUACUAUGUUAAGGCGCUGUUUUAAGUUUCAUCUGACAAGAAACUAUAGUUUACCAAAUCGCCUGAACGGAUAGUUGUCCUUAGUUUAAGUAAAUUAUAUUUUUUGUUUAAUUAUUAAGAAAAAGUACAUUAUUAUUUAAUUGUACGGAAUUUAAAAUAUAUUAAAGUUAAAUAAAUUAUUUUUAAUUCAACGUUUAGAAUAUUUUUGUUUAUGUUUAUAAUGUACUAAUAUUUUUGAGAAUCUCUUAAGGUUUUCAUGUGAAAAAGUCAAAAUAUUAAAUAGGUAUCUAAAUAAGAAAUACUAUAAAAUAAAUAAAUUUAUGAAAAAAUAAAGUAUUAAUGGUUUUGUUGUAUGUUAAACAAAAUUAAUUUCUGGGAACUUAUUGUUGAUUGUUUGUAAGUAAAAUUAAUUUGAAAUUGAAAAUAUAUUUAUUUGAAUCAUUUUUGUUUGUACAAGUAUUGUAUCUAUUGAAUUGAAAAAAAUGAUCGAAAUGUACGUUUUAAUAUUGGAUUUAAUAACAAUGUAUCAUUUUAUACUUCAGCCUAUCUAGUCUUUGAAUGUAAGGAAUAAUACUUGUGUUGAAAAUAAAUAUUACGAAUUUGA